AUGAACAAUUGGCUCAAUCAUGCCGCUGCACGCCGAGCCACUCGGCAUGCAGCAGACUUAAAUCUACUCGCUGUGCUUCAGGCCCCGCAAUCUGCUCAACAACCAGCGCAACCACCAGCAAUGGCACGAGUUGAGCAAAUAUCGUCUGACGAGUACGCCCGCCGCGAGGCCAGCCUCGUGUAUCCAUUCCGCAUCCAGGCGGAUGGUACACCAGAGAAUAUCCUGGUCUUUGUGUACAGUCACCAUCUCUCGGUGACGGAGUUCAAGUCGCAGUACCCCUCUGCGAAGUGCUUUGGUUUUGCCUGGCUUGGCUACUGGCAAUUCCAUAUCAACCAAGUCGGUAAGCUUGCCACCUAUCGAAUAUCAUGAUAUUGCUCUGACUUGAAUCACAGGAGAGCCAAACUUGCGACCAAUCCCAUACCGUCCAGAAUGGUGGACUGGCGCACUUGGUUACGUAUACUGGAUGUCGCGAGAGGAGGAGCAACGAUACCAAGCCUCCUUCAGAGGAGCACCCAGAAAGAGACGAAUGCAAUUUGUCACUGUCCGCCACAGCCCAAUUGUCAAACCAGGCGGCGUGCGACCUCAAGUACCAUUCUAUUGUAGUGUCUGGCGCGCAAUCCUUUACUGGGACUCUGACAACAUCGAACAUAGCAGCCUCGAGUCAUUCACCUUCGGCAAAUACGAGACCAAGUUGUGGAGCCAAGGUUGGAAUGAACUCAAACAGUUUUAUGCAUGGAAGGGUUGGAAUGUAGAAGAUGGCACUCCUCUCGAUCUGACUGAAGACGUCAAGCGAAUGAUUCGGAAUUCCCUUUAUGGCGGCCAGCGACCUGGACAUCCCAUCCCUCCUCCUCCAAAGUUGGUGCCCGAAGUUACCGCUCUAGCGGCCCAGCCUAUUCCUGUCAACGAACCGUAAGUGUAUCUUUAUUUCUGCUCCUGAUUAUAUCUAUCUUCUUGCAUUCUCGUGAAAAGAUUACAGCUAACCUUUCCAUUUACAGAGGCGCUCCUCUCUUGGCGAUGAGUAUGAUACAAGGCCGUCCUGAUAGACCCUGGGGAUACAAAAAUCCAAUUGACGAUAAGCCAAAGGACGAUGAACCAAAUAGAGUCAACCCAAGAGUCGUCAACCCAGGAGGCGUAAACCAAAGAUCUGCCAACCCAAGAGUUGCCGACCCACAAGCUAUCCACGCACAAAUUGCCCACCCACGAGCUAUCAACGCACAAAUUGCCAUCCCACGAGCCAACCCGCAAGCCGUCGAACCAGGAACCGUCAAUCCGGGUCCCAUCAAGCGAGGUCGCGGCCGCCCAAGAAAGUAUUCGCAAAAGAAGUAG